AUUAUCAGUAUGGUACAGUUGCCCAAACCUGUGAUCAAAGGACUGCUAUAGGUUUAGCUCGAUCCAAAGAUAUCGACCUUCGCUUUUUCCUGCCUCCACCACCAUUGCCAAAAAUAAAGAAUGAUUAUCCCAUAGAAGAUGAACUUCGCUUGUUGUUAGUAUCUUUACCUCAGACUGGUCUUGAUCCAUGUGUCCAGUACUUCACAUCUCUUGCUUUACGUGAAAGUAGUCAGACUCUUGCUGCACAAAGGGGAGGCUUAUGGUGUUUCGGAGGAAAUGGACUUCCAUAUUGUGAAACAUUGAGUAAAAUUCCUUCAGAGACAGUGGAACUCUUUUGCUUGCAAGCCUUAGUGCAGCACUCUAAGGUUUCUUCUCACUGUGAUAAAAUUGAAGCUAAAGGAGGCCUUCAGCUACUACAGAGGAUAUACCAGCUACGUAAAGACUCGGCAAAAAUACAGAGGAACAUAAUUCGCAUUAUUGGAAAUAUGGCUUUGGAUGAACGUCUUCAUUCAUCCAUAGUACGUGCAGGUUGGGUUUCUGUACUUGCUGAAGUAAUGAAAUCCCCACAUGUCAUUCAGUCUUCUCAUGCAUCCAGAGCUUUGGCUAAUCUAGACAGGGAUACAGUGCAAGAAAAGUAUCCAGAUGGUGUUUAUGUCUUACAUCCACAAUAUCGUAGCAGUCAGCCCAUCAGAGCAGACAUCCUUUUUGUUCAUGGUCUUUUGGGAGCAGCAUUUAAAACCUGGCGACAGCAAGACGUUGACCGGCGUUUGGAUAAAAAGGCUUCAGAAGGGGAAGAGGACUAUAGCCAGUGCUGGCCAAAGACAUGGCUGGCUUCAGACUGUCCUGCCCUUAGAAUCAUAUCUGUGGAAUAUGACACCCAUUUGAGUGACUGGAAAGCAAAAUGUCCUGUUGAGGCUCACAGGAAGUCUAUUGCUUACAGGAGCAAUGAGCUUCUUGACAAGCUCAGAGCUGCUGGGAUUGGAGACAGACCUCUGGUGUGGGUAUCACAUAGCAUGGGUGGUCUUCUGGUCAAAAAGAUGCUGGUAGAUGCUUCCAAGAAUCCAGAAAUGGAUAAAAUUGUAAACAACACCAAAGGAAUCAUAUUUUAUAGCGUACCUCACCAUGGUUCCCAGCUGGCUGAAUAUUCUAUAAAUGCCAGGUAUCUUCUCUUUCCGUCUGUGGAGGUUAAAGAACUCAGCAAGGAUUCUCCUGCCCUUAAAGAGCUGAAUGAUGACUUUAUGUCUUUUGCCAAAGAUAAGAAAUUUUCAGUGCUGAGUUUUGCUGAAACCUUACCAACACACAUAGGCAGCAUGAUAAAACUGCAUGUUGUACCUCUGGAAUCAGCGAAGUUAGGAAUUGGAGACCUUAUUCCAGUGGAUGUUAAUCAUCUAAAUAUUUGCAAGCCAAAGAAGAAGGAUGCUUUCCUGUACCAACGUACAUUGAAGUUCAUUCAAGAUGUUUUAGCCCAAGAACUUGGAGACUGAGUUUUUGCCGUCCUUGGCUGCUUAUUUCCUCCAUUUGGUGUAACACAGUAAGUUCUUCUCCUAACAUUUGUUAGGGGAUCUGUAGAAUUACAAAGAUGCUAUGUCAAUAGUAUCUGCUGCUAAAAAAAUUUUCGGUACAUCUCCAACUUAAGACACCUC